AUUCAAAUUAAACCGGCAUCUAGAAUACCUACAUGUAAAUAAAGAAAGAGAGAGAGAGAGAGAGAAAAUGGGAAUGGAUUAUUACAGUGUGUUGAUGGUGGAGAAGACAGCGACGGAUGAAGACUUGAAGAAGGCUUACAGAAAGGUGGCAAUGAAAUGGCAUCCCGACAAGAACCCCACCAACAAGCUCGAAGCUGAAGCCAUGUUCAAGCAGAUCUCCGAGGCCUAUGAAGUAUUGAGUAAUCCACAGAGAAGGCAAGUGUAUGAUCAACAUGGUGAAGAAGGGCUAAAACACAUGCCGUCAGCGGGUUGCUCAAACGGAUUGUUCAACCCUCGAAACGCAGAGGAUAUAUUUGCAGAGUUUUUCGGAAGUAGCCCUUUCGGAUUCCGAGCAGCAGGAAGUGAUGGGAAUGGUGGCAGCAUUCCAAAGAAACCCCCUCCUGUUGAGAGCAAAUUGCCUUGCACCCUUGAAGAGCUCUACUCUGGUUCAACUAGGAAGAUGAAGAUAUCAAGAACUGUUGUUGAUGCCCAUGGAAGAAUAGUACAAGAAUCAGAGAUAUUAAGCAUUGACGUAAAGCCAGGGUGGAAGAAAGGCACAAAGAUCACAUUUCUAGACAAAGGGAACGAGCAGCCCAGCCAGCUUCCCGCGGAUCUGGUUUUCAUCAUCGACGAGAAGCCCCACCAAGUCUACAACAGAGAUGGAAACGAUCUGAUGAUGAAUUACACGGUGACGCUAGCGGAGGCCAUCGGAGGGACAACCUUAAACCUAACAACCUUGGAUGGUCGGAGCUUGUCCAUAGCAGUGACUCAGAUGGUGAAGCCUGGGUAUGAGUUUGUGGUUGAAGGAGAAGGGAUGCCCAUCGCUAGGGAGCCUGCAGGGAGUAGAGGCGAUUUGAAGAUCAAAUUUGAAGUUACAUUUCCCACCCAAUUAACCCCACAACACCGAACUGCACUCAAGCAAGCUUUAGGAGGAGAAGGAGGAGGAGCAUCAGCUGAAUGCUGAAUCAAUAGAGUUAAUGUCAUAUCAGGUCUUUCGAGCAUAGGGGUUUAAUUCUAGACUUGACUUUACUUUUAUCUGUAAUUCAUUCGGUAACAAUUUAAAAAUCGAAAGACCAAUGACACUAAGUUACUCCCUUAAGUGGGAGGGAGCCUC